CUGCUCCGGAAGUAAAACUUUAUUUUCCAGAAGUCGAACAUAACCAGCUUCCUGUGAUUUGUUGCUGGAUUUAAUCAUUUAGAGACGAUUUAUUUCUUUAUGAUAAAUUAAACAGAAGACUACAAUCAAGGAAGAGUGAGCGGGAAAAUGUUUUAUCAUAUUUCCCUGGAGCAUGAGAUCCUGCUCCACCCUCGGUACUUUGGUCCCAAUCUCCUGAACACUGUGAAACAGAAGCUCUUCACAGAGGUGGAGGGAACAUGCACAGGAAAAUACGGGUUCGUCAUUGCAGUGACCACCAUUGAUAACAUUGGUGCAGGUGUCAUCCAACCAGGCAGGGGAUUCGUGCUUUACCCCGUCAAGUACAAGGCUAUUGUCUUCCGUCCAUUCAAAGGCGAGGUGGUAGAUGCCGUGGUUACCCAGGUCAACAAAGUUGGCCUUUUCACAGAGAUCGGCCCCAUGUCCUGUUUCAUCUCUCGUCAUUCCAUUCCCUCAGAGAUGGAGUUUGACCCCAACUCAAAUCCUCCCUGUUAUAAGACCACUGAUGAGGACAUUGUAAUCCAACAGGAUGAUGAGAUUCGGUUGAAAAUCGUGGGAACAAGAGUGGAUAAAAACGACAUUUUUGCCAUUGGAUCCCUCAUGGACGAUUACCUCGGUCUUGUUAGCUGAUGUCCCUGCAGUGCUAUGCUGGAUUAUCAACAUACGUCUCUUAUAUUUCAUGUAAAUGCCCUUACAAUACAGUAUUGUCAAUACAAAUAUUUUUCCAGGUUGAUCAUGUGGUAUUGCUGCACAUAGUCAAGUCCUGUACUUAAUGGGGAAGGAUCAAUGAUCCUUUGACACAGUAUGAAUACAUACUAUUGAAACCACAGAGCCUGGUGAUAAGCAGGUGGUUAUGUUGUCAUAUUAAACGCUACUGUAUCGUCUGAGUUACCCUUCCAGUUGCUGUUGUUGUAUUGUAUUUCGACAACUUGAGAACUGAAAUAAACGUUGUUUUUUGAUAAUGUGGA